GCCACUUAUCGAUCAUCUUUGGCCAGCAAACUGCAUACCGCAAUGCACCGCACAACCUUUACUGUAUUAGGAAGAAAUACUGCGAGCUGCUGCACACAGAGAUCAGGGGCUCGCUGUUACACUGGGUGGAUGGAGAUCACAGUCACACCCACAUGACACUGCCCUGUCCAUCUGCUCCUCUAGUGUCUCUCAGGGGAGAGAUGGGCUCGUGAUUCUCUGCAGCGGCUCACAGAGGGGGUCACUGCGCAGGUGAAGCACGAAGCCCUGGACGUACCCUGCUGGCCCACACGCUGCAGGGCAGAGCCAGGCAGCAGGCUGGGCUCACUGGCCUGGAGAGAGAGACACAACAGGCUGGACUGCUCGCAGUAAGAGUUCACACCUGGACAGUGAAAUCCUCUGCACCAUGUGGAGCUGUGACUGUGACACCCCUUUGUCAAAACACAGCUGGAGAUGAUCCUGGAGCUAAAUAACUCCCAACGAUUAAACAGCUGGAUGGGCCAGCUGGCCUCCUCUUGUUUGUCACCAUUAUGCUCCAAGUUUUUGUCAGCCCAAAAUAACACUGUAAGUCACCUCUUCUACAACACCAAACCUUCCCCAAACAAUAACCACCAAAGAAAUGAAAUUGCAGCUGGUUUAUAACUGAAGCUCUAAACCACACCCUCUAACAACCCUAAUCACACCCCCUAACAACCACAACCCUGCAGCUCAGAUCAAGGAAGUGGCUCAGGGAUUAGUUUCGUUUCACUAGAAACAGACUCACUGCAGCUCUGUCUCUACUGCUCCUCUCUGUGCAGUUUUUAUUUGUCAGAAUAAUGGCAGAAGGCAGUAUUUCAGUUUCUCAGGACCAGUUCAGCUGCUCAGUGUGUCUUUAUUUGCUGAAGGAUCCAGUGACUCUGCUCUGUGGACACAGUUACUGUUUGAGCUGUAUUAAGAACCACUGGGAUCAGGAAGAUCAGACUGGGAUCUACAGCUGCCCCCAGUGCAGACAGACCUUCACCGCAAGGCCUGAUCUUGGCAGAAACACCAUCCUGGCUGAAGUGGUAGAGAAAUUGAAGGAGACAGGGUGCAGUGGUCCUUCCCCUGCUCACAGUCCUGCUGGCCCUGGAGACGUGCUAUGUGAUGUCUGCACUGGGAGAAAGAGGGGAGCUGUGAAAUCCUGUCUGGUGUGUCUGGCCUCCUACUGUCAGACUCACCUCCAGCCUCACUAUGAAGCUGUUCCAUUGAAGAGACACAAGCUAGCUGAUGCCACAGGACAACUGCAGGAGAAGAUCUGCUCCACUCAUGACAAACUGCUGGAGGUCUACUGCCGUACUGAUGAGAAGUGUGUUUGUUAUCUCUGUGCAAUGGAUGAACACAGAGGCCAUGAUACUGUCUCAGCUGCAGCAGGAAGGACUGAGAAACAGAAGCAGCUUGGGGUGACACAGACACAAACCCAGCAGAGAAUCCAGGAGAGAGAGGAGGAGCUGCAGGAGCUGAGACAGGCUGUAGAGUCACUCAGAAGCUCUGCACACACAGCAGUACAGGACACUGACAGGAUCUUUUCUGAGCUGAUCCAAUCCAUUAAGAGAACAUGCUCUGAGGUCACAGAGCUGAUCAGAGCACAAGAGAGGGCUGCAGUGAGUCAGGCUGAAGGACUUCUAGAGCAACUGGAGAAGGAGAUCACUGAGCUGAAGAGGAGAGAUGCUGAGCUGAACCAGCUCUCACACACAGAGGAUCACAUCCAUUUCCUCCAGGUAACAUCACUGCUCUGUGACUCUGCAUCACCCAGCAUCCCUGUCAGUCCACACUUCUCUCCUGAGGCAGUGAGGAGAGCUGUCUCUGCACUGAAAGAGCGACUGGAGGACAUCUGCAAAAAGGAAUCAAUAAAGAUUUCCAUGACAGCUGCUGUGACUCUGGACCCUGAUACAGCUCACUAUGGGCUCAGCCUGUCUGAGGAUGGGAAGAGAGUGAGAAAGGGAGAGGAGGAACAGGAUCUCUCUGACAGUGAUGACAGUAAUGUCAGCGUUUUCAGCGUUGUCAGCAUUGUCAGUGAUGACAGCGAUGUCAGCGAUGACAGUGACGUCAGUGAUGACAGCGAUGACAGUGAUGAUGGUGAUGAGGAUGUGGAGGAACAGAAGCUCUCUGACAAUCCUCACAGAUUUGAUUCCUGGCCCUGUGUCCUGAGUAGGGAGUCCUUCAUUUCAGGGAGACACUACUGGGAGGUGGAGGUGAAUGACAGCUGGAGAAUAGGAGUGACCAGAGAGUGUGCAGAGAGGAAAGACUGGUUCAGAUUCUCUCCCCAGCAGGGUUACUGGUGUCUGGACUUUGACUCUACAGGUUUCUCUGCUCUCACAGACACUGAGACUCGUCUCCCCCUCAGUCUGCAGCCCAGGAAGCUGGGUGUGUGUGGAUAUUGAGGAGAGGAAGGUCUCCUUUUACACAGUGGAGUCCAGAGCUCAUCUCUACACUUUCACUGACAUGGUCUUCACUCAGGGGGAGAAGAUCUAUCCUGUCUUCGGUACCUGGGAUCGUAAUAAAGACCUUGAGCUGCUGCCUGCUGUCAGUGUGGAGAUUAAGCCUGUCAGUGACUCAUGAACACAGACUGACUCUCUCCCAGCUCUCUGUCCCACUGGUAAUAUUAUUAAUAUUAAAAGUUUAAUUUGUGUUGUAGAGACCUGGUGAUUAUCAGGACUUGAACUACAUUCAUCAGAACAGCAACCACUUGUCUUAACUACUGCACUAAACUGCCAUCCGGGGACAGUACCCUACAUUACAGUUUAUUGAUCCAUUACCACUAUAAUGAGAUUUAAAUAUGGAUGUCAAAAUAUCCACAAGUGAUAUUUGUAACUGUCCAAUUUUCUCUAGUUACAGGAUUCCAUAUUAAUAUUAAUUCCAUAUGAAUAUUCCCUAUAAUGUGGUAUUAAAUCAGUAUUACACCUUUUUUAUAACAAUGGCAGCAAGUGUUCUUAUUACAAAUUCUUUGAAAAGGAUAAAACAUUAUAGUUUUUUAAUGAAGAAUAUAUACUUCAUAUACAUAGAACAAGUGAAUUAAACCACCGUACAUUACUGAGUUAAAGACUUUGAUGCAUAAAAUAUUUAUGAAGAUGGUGGAAUAUUGUGUACUUUUUUAUAUAUUUAGCUACCACUACCAUCUACUGCAUGUACAUGAGGUAUAUAUUACAUAUGAGACUGUAUGGCUUUAAAACCACUAUA